AUGAGAUCCGCUCAACUGGUGCGCAGCACGUCUGCAUUGCGGCCGACCCUGGCUGCUCGCACUCGUGCUACUGCUCUCGGCCCAGCUUCCAUCGCCGCGGCGAACGCUUUCCUCCGCAAUGGACGCGGUCUUCCAUCGCAUGUGUCUGCUCUUGCGAUCCUGAUUCCUCAGCAGCGUAGCUAUGCCACCGAACAAUCUACAUCCAACUCCUCUCAAUCAGUCCCCCCUCCUGGAUUCAAUGCCGAGCAAGCGAAGAAGCCCAUCCCUCAGGACCAGGCGCAAUCGUCACAAACUGUUGCCAAGUCUGUGAAACCUGAGACCGCUGUUACGGAUCCCAAGUUGGUUAAAAAGCCCGCAGACUCUCAGAAGAUCCAGGAGAAGGAGAAGGAGGUCAAGAAGUUGACGAUUGGACAGAAGGUUAAGAAGGAGCUGCAGCACUACUGGGAUGGCACAAAGCUGUUGGCGACAGAGGUCAAGAUUAGUACCCGGUUAGCUUUGAAGAUGGCAUCUGGGUAUGAGCUCAGCCGCAGAGAACACCGUCAGCUUCAACGUACCACCAAGGACUUGGGGCGGCUGGUUCCUUUCUCCAUGUUCCUUAUCGUUCCAUUCGCUGAACUUCUGCUCCCCGUCGCUUUGAAGAUCUUCCCCAACCUGCUACCCAGCACAUAUGAGGGCAAGUCUGCCCGGGAGACCAAGGCCACGAACCUGAGCUCGACUCGUAAAGAGGUCUCUAGCUUCCUACGUAACACAUUGCGUGAGACUGGUCUGCCUUUGACCGCAGCAACAGUCAAGAACGAGGAAUUCGCAGACUUCUUCCGCAAGAUUCGCACCACUGGCGAAUCGCCCUCCACCGAAGACGUUGUCAAGGUCUGCAAGAUCUUCAAGGAUGAUUUGACUCUGGACAACUUGUCGCGUCCCCAGUUAGUGGCUAUCUGCCGCUACAUGAACUUGAACAGCUUCGGUACCGACGCCAUGCUGCGUUACAACAUUCGUCACCGCAUGCGUCAGAUCAAGCGUGACGACCGUGCUAUCUUCUACGAGGGUGUCGACUCGCUUUCUGUUCCGGAGUUGCAGAUGGCUAGCGCUUCUCGCGGUAUCCGAACCCACGGUGUCUCCCCCGCCCGUCUGCGCGAGGACCUUACCAUGUGGCUUGAUCUCCGUCUGCAGCAGGGUGUCCCAUCCACUCUUCUUGUUCUGAGCAAUGCCUACAUGUAUACCCAGGGUGGCAAGGAGUCCGAUAUGGCCUCCCAGAUCGAUGCUUUGAAGUCGGUGCUCUCCAGCAUCCCCGAGGAGCUGUUCCACGAGAUCGAGCUCGAGGUCCACAACGCCGAGGGUGCUGCCACCAACAAGCAGCGUCUCGAGGUUAUCAAGGAGCAGGAGGAGCUCAUCGAAGAAGAGAGUAAAAGCAACGGGAGCGACGGCUCCGUUGCCCCGCCCAAGGAUAUCGAAGAUAUCGAUGAGAAAGAAGAGGCCCGUGUCGAGGCAACCUCCAAUGGGACCGAGAAGCAAUCCGCCGAAGCAAAGGAAGCCCUCUCCGAAGGUGCCAAGGCCGAGCAGGGCAAGAAGAGCGAAAGCUCGUAA